AUGAUCGGACUUGUUGGAUUUGAUGGAAUGGAAUCUCCAACGCCACCUUCUAUCUCGCUUAUAUGGCCGUGGCUGCUUUGGCGCAUUUGGAAAUCGAGGAAUGAUCUCUGCUACAAUAGCAAAUCGUAUGAUGCUCAGGAGGUCGUAACAAAAACUCUCGAUGAUGUUAAGGAAUGGUUUGACAACCAACCCCAAGGCCGUGUGCCCCAAACUCGCAAUGCAGCCGCUCCUCAGCGAUGGAAACCACCAACUGGAGGCACUUUUAAAUGUAACUCUGAUGCCUCCUGGAAACUUGGAUCAGAUAAAUGCUCAGUUGGCUGGAUUCUCAGAGACAGCACGGGAAACGGGAAAUGGUUUGGAGAAAAAGUCUAUCCAACUUUGCUCUCCAGCCUUGAAGCGGAAGCGGCUGCUAUGGUUUGGGCGAUGAGAGUCCUGGACAAUAUGGGUUAUGGAGAGGUUGUAUUCGAAACAGAUUCCCAAGUACUAUUUCAGGCAAUAAAGGAUCCACAACAAUGGGCAAGACUAGCGAGUUAUGUAAACGAUAUCAAGGGGCCGUGGAGGAAUCUGAAGCCUUCUUUUAGUACAUGUGGAAGGGAAGCAAAUGGGAGUGCAGAUCUUAUUGCAAAAACAGCUUUCCCUUUUUCUAUUUACCAUGCUUGUUUGGAGUGUAGUAUCCCAUCGUGGCUUAGUCCAUCGAUUGAGUUGGAGAAACAAUAUGUAAUGUCUCAGUAUUAA